AUGGUUUGCAUUGCUGGUGGUGGCAUGCUCCUGGGCUCCACCGCUGCCAGGCCCAGUGGAGUUAGUGCUGCCGUAGGGUAUCCACUGGACACUGUAAAGGUGAGAAUACAAACGGAGAAAAACUAUCAUGGAAUACGGCACUGUAUCGUAGAAACUUACAGAACAGAAAAGGUGCCUGGUUUCUUCAGAGGUGUCUCAAUGACGAUCGUCAUGGCAUCAUUUAUUUCCUCAUUUUCGUUUGGUGUCUACAAAAACUUCCUCUAUAACAUCUGCCGGUUAAGAUAUGGCUCUACAGAUAGAAAGCCGUCAAAAGUGGAUAUAUCUUUCGCUGGAUGUGCUACUGGUGCAGUCCGGGUUGUGCUUCUGGCACCUGCAGAGAUAGCCAAAGUGAGACUGCAGAUCCAGAAGGAGCCACAUCACUUGAUGGCAUCAACUCACCUCCUCACCUCCAAGCCUAAGUAUCAUGGUGCUGUGCACUGCUUGCGGAUGAUAAUAAAGGAAGAGGGACUUGGGGGCCUGUACAAGGGAUCUUUGGCGCUGCUGUGUAGAGACUGCCAUUCGUUUGCAACCUAUUUCCUCACUUAUUCUGCCCUCUGUGACUGGCUUACUCCAGCUGGGAAAGACAAACCAGACCUCUGGGCUGUGCUUCUUUCUGGCGGCUGCGCUGGAGUGCUGGGUUGGGGCGCAGCGACCCCCAUGGAUGUCAUUAAAUCACGGAUGCAGGCCGACGGCGAAGGGCAACGUAAAUACACUGGACUGAUGCACUGUGCCAGGGAGAGCAUAAAAGAAGAGGGGGUGAGAGUUCUUUUCAAGGGCCUCGGACUCAACUCUGUCCGGGCUUUUCCUACAAACAUGAUUAUCUUCUUUACAUACGAAGCUGUGAUGAGGCUCGGGGAACGUCUGGCAAAGUGA